AUGAGUAAACAAUACAGAAACCCACCACACCUUGUGACUGAAGAUGCUAGUUCUGAAGACAUAUCCAACAUCAGCCAUCUACAUAAUCUUUCUGAUCAGGACUUUAGAGAGGAAAUGUUAAAGCUAUUUAAAGGAUUCAAAGAAACCAAGGAAGAGACAGACUGUAAGACUCAAGAGGGUAUGGACCGGGGUCGCCAGUUAUUCGUGGGUCAUGAAGAGGACUUAACCUGUAAAAGAAUUGGGGAGGGGAACAGACAGGACUCAAGACAAGAAUCUGAUCAAGAGUCGUUUAUUGCAAAAUUCACAGAGCUUAUAUACCAAGCCACAAAGAGGCAGGAGGGUGGGCCUGCAGAAAGAAAUGCGGAAGGACCUUCAGACUUCAUUCUCGACCUUUAUAUGGAGACCUCACUCUCUGAGUUCACGUCCAGACGAUACCUCCAUAAUAUUAAACCAGAAAAUGAAUCACACAUUUUGAAAUUUUUCCUAUUGGGAUUUUCAGAGCAACCAGAAUUACAGUCUUUCAUAUUUGUAAUUUUUCUCUUCUUGUAUUUGAUCACUGUUUUGGGGAACCUGCUCAUCAUCUUGGCUGUCAUCUCAGAUUCCCACCUCCACACCCCCAUGUACUUUUUCCUCUCCAACCUGUCCUUUGUGGACAUCUGCUUCACCUCCACUACUGUCCCAGAAUUGUUGCUGAACAUCCAGAUGCAGAAUAGAGCUAUAGUGUACGAAGCCUGCUUUGCACAAAUGUAUUUCUGUGUACUUUUUUCUGGUAUGGACAUCUGUCUCUUGACAGUGAUGGCCUAUGAUCGUUUUGUGGCCAUCUGUCACCCCCUUCACUAUACAGUCAUAAUGAACCCCCGGGUCUGUGGAUUGCUGGUUCUAGGAUCCUGGAUGUUAAGCAACUUUAAUUCCUUAGUGCACAGCUUAUUGACAAUACCACUGUCCUUUUGUACAGACUUUAAGAUCAACAAUUUUUUCUGUGAACUCAAACAGAUUAUUCUACUUGCCUGUUCUGACACCUUACUCAACAACGUGGUGUUAUAUUUAGCAGCUGUUAUUAUGGGUGUUGGCUCCCUGGUUGGGAUUCUUUAUUCUUACUCUAAGAUUGUUUCCUCCAUACGUGGAAUCUCAUCAGCCCAGGGGAAAUAUAAAGCAUUUUCCACGUGUGUUUCUCACCUCUCUGUGGUUUUCUUAUUUUUUUGUGCCAUCCUAGGAGUAUACCUUAGCUCUAAUAUACCCGCUACCCAUAGCUCUCAGUCAAAUUCAAUAACUUCAGUGAUGUACACUGUAAUUACACCCAUGCUAAAUCCUUUCAUUUACAGUCUGAGAAAUAACCAAAUGAAGAGUGCUUUAAAAUCUUUGUUUGUGAAGAGAGCUACAGAAGGACACUUGUCCCAGUAA